GCGGUGGAUGUGGUAUACUUGGACAGAGGGGGGGUGACGGUGGACAUGGUAUACUUGGACAGAGGGGUGACGGGGGAUGUGGUGGUGGAUGUGGUAUACUUGUACAGAGGGGUGGCGGUGGAUGUGGUAUACUUGUACAGAGGGGUGGCGGUGGAUGUGGUAUACUUGGACAGAGGGGUGACGGUGGACAUGGUAUACUUGGACAGAGGGGUGACGGUGGAUGUGGUAUACUUGUACAGAGGGGUGACGGUGGACAUGGUAUACUUGGACAGAGGGGUGACGGUGGACGUGGUAUACUUGGACAGAGGGGUGACGGUGGAUGUGGUAUACUUGGACAGAGGGGUGACGGUGGAUGUGGUAUACUUGGACAGAGGGGUGACGGUGGAUGUGGUAUACUUGUAC